GGCCAGCUGUCUCUCUCCGCUCUGGGGAGGGGGCGCGCGGCUGCGGUCCUCUGCAGAGGGCUGCGCGCUCCGCGGUCUCCGGGGCUCUCCGUUGUUUGGGCCCGUGCUCCUCGACCUCAGGAACAGGGCUGGCCUGAGACCGCGACGAUCUGGGUUGGACUUUAAAGGAGACAUUUAUCCAGGAGAAUGCUUUCAUUCAGAGAGUAAAUUAAAAGAAGACCCCACCCCGUGAGCCGAAAAUAAACAAGGUGUUUGUGUCCUGAAGAAGUCACAGAAACAACUGUGGUGAGGGGAGAGUGGACACGCAGGAGAAGUCGGACCUGGUGUGAUAUUCUUGUCAAAGAAGACUUAAGGAGGAAGAGAGGAGACACGUUUCCAGAGAAUGAAAGAGUGCAGCGUCAAAAUGGAGACCAGCGUUUCUGAGAUUCAAAUAGAAACUAAGGCUGAGAAGAGACCAGGAGCAGCCAGUCCUCAGAAAGAGAGGCAGGAGAAGAAAACAGCCACGCUGUGCUUCAAGAGAAGGAAGAAAGCGAACAAGACGAAGGCCAAGGCUGGCACCAAGUCUGCUGAGGAGACAAAGAAGCAUGCCCCAGAAGCCGGGGGUUCCGGUCAGCGGCAAGCAGCGGGGGCCUGGGCCUCCAUCAAACGCCUUGUGACACACAGGAAAAGGUCUGAGUCUGCGAAGAAGCAGAAACCAUCUGAGACUGACGUGCAGCCUGAGGAUGGAGCUCUUCCUAAGAAAAAGGCAAAAUCCAGACUUAAGAUUCCUUGCAUAAGAUUCUCAGGAGGGGCAAAGAAAAGUCGCCAUUCCAAACUCACGGAAGAUUCGGGCUACGUCAGAGUCCAGGGAGAGGCAGACAAUUCGGAGAUAAAAGCCCAGACCCAGCCAGAUGACCAGGGAAUGCAGGCUAGGUCCACUCAGGACCUACAGGAAGGUGUGAUGGUGAGAGAUGGUAAGGAGAUCCAAGAAUCACACGUAAGCAACAGUGUCACAGCGGGAGAGAACGUGAUUGCCGUAGAACUGGCAAUCGUAGAAAACGAGUCCUCUGCUCUCCAGAUGGGAAUUCCAGGGCUGGAAAAGGAGACUAAAGGGAUUACGGAAAAGCAAAGUGCACAGGCGCAGCAAGCAAGUCGACUUGACUGUUCAGCAGCGGGCAGCCCUCGGCCAGUGACUUCUGCUGCUCCUCCUUCACCUGCAGCCACACACCAACGGAGUCUGGAAGAACCCAGUGAUGGCAUCCGGGAAAGUGCACCAAGUGAGAAAGAUGGUGACAGAAGGAGAAAGAUUGCUGCUGAAGAAAAGAAAUCAGGAGAGACUGCGCUGGGCCAGGCAGAGGAAGCUGCAGUCGGCCAGGCAGACAGAAGUGCACUAAGCCAUGCAGAAACUGCCGCGGGCCAUGCAGAGGAAGCUACUGUGAUCCAGACAGAGGGUCAGGCAAAGGAAGGUAAACUGAGCCAGGCAGAAGAAGCUACAGUGGCCCAGGCAAAGGAAACUGUAUUGAGUCAGGCAAAGGAAGGCAAACUUAGCCAGGCAGAAGAAUCUGCAGUUAGCCAGGCAGAGGAAGCUAUGGUAGUACAAGCAAAGAAAGCCACAGUGGGUCAGGCAGAGGAAGCCACAGUUGGCCACACAGAGAAAGCCACAGUGGAUCAGGCAGAGGAAGCCACAGUUGGCCACACAGAGAAAGCCACAGUGGAUCAGGCAGAGGAAGCCACAGUUGGCCACACAGAGAAAGCCACAGUGGAUCAGGCAGAGGAAGCCACAGUUGGCCACACAGAGAAAGCCACAGUGGAUCAGGCAGAGGAACCCACAGUGGGUCAGACAGAGGAACCCACAGUGGAUCAGGCAGAGGAACCCACAGUUGGCCAGGCAGAGGAACCCACAGUGGGUCAGGCAGAGGAACCCACAGUGGAUCAGGCAGAGGAACCCACGGUGGGUCAGGCAGAGGAACCCACAGUGGGUCAGGCAGUGGAACCCAUAGUGGGUCAUGCAGAAGAAGCCACAGUUGAUCGGGCAGAGGGAACUGUAUUGAGCCAUGAACCAGAUCUGAAAGAAAAUGGAAUUGAUACAGAGAAACCGAGAUCAGAAGAAAGCAAAAGAAUGGAGCCAAUUGCUAUUAUCAUUACUGACACUGAAAUCAGUGAAUUUGAUGUGAAGAAAUCUAAAAAUGUCCCAAAGCAAUUCCUAAUUUCAAUGGAAAAUGAGCAAGAGGGGGUUUUCGCUAAUGAUAGUGAUUUCGAGGGGAGAACUUCAGAACAGUAUGAAACACUCUUAAUAGAAACAGCUUCUUCGCUCGUCAAGAAUGCCAUCGAGUUGUCUGUAGAACAGCUGGUUAAUGAAAUGGUUUCGGAGGUAAUCAAAUAAAUACGCUGUUCCAGUGACUUCAUUUCCAGGUCACGGGAAGGAGGGGGGUAAAAAAUCCUUAAGAGAUGAAUUCUUUUAUACCUUUGUGGCACUUCUUUCUCAGUAAUAAAUUAGUGGCUUAUAUCUGUGGACUCUAAAGGUACAAUUCCAGCCCAGAAGUGCUAAAGGAUGGAUGAAGGUUGUAAAACUCCGUCCCUGAAGCACAGUUCUGGACUGGAGGGAGUCGGCACAGAUCACAAUGUGAAGUGACUUACGGAAAGGUGUGGAAAUGGCAGGCGAUGGCCCAGUGCUGUGAGGACUGAAGACCACUGAGCACUGGGCAUGCCACAUGCUCUUACGGUGCUCUAAUGUCACCAAGUCUGGAUUUCUUUCCGAUGGUUUGACCCUGUGGUGUAGGUGAAUGUGAACUUCGCUCUCCUUUUACACGGUUUUCCCACUGACCCUAAUGGUGAAUCAGGUGAGUGGGCCUUUCUAGCCUUGAACAAGUUCUGUACAAAAGCCAUUCAUGGGUUCCCUCGGCCAGGCAAAUAGUUAACAAGUAUGUAGGCGUGGACACAGAGUGUGUGUUUUCUCUCCUCAACAUCCUUCUGCCUAGCAGACCUGUGUAUACCUAUCGGCGAGUGGACCUUAUCUCCUGAGAAGUCAAAAUGGGAAUAGUAAUUUUUAAUCCAGGAGGCAAACUUCCCAGAUAGCAAAGGCUUCCCUUAGCAGAGCUACUUCUUUGGGUUGUUUGAUUUUAUUUUUGUUUGUUUUUGAUAGACAACUGUGUAACCCUGGCUGUCCUGGAACUCAUUCUGUGGACCAGGCUGGCCUCAAACUCACAGAGAUCGACUGCUUCUGCUUCCCAAGUGCUGGCCAAGAGUAAAGGUGUGGGUCACCCUCGCCUGACUAAAGGGCCAGGAAACCAUAAUAUUCUUGUGAAAAUAGUUCUUGGCUAAACAUAAACUAUGUAAGGAACCGAAUAAAAAGUCAAAAAUCACGCUAAAGCCUAAUUUUUUUUUUUUUUUUGAGACAGGGGUUCUCUGUGAAGUCCUGGCUGUCCUGGAACUCACUUUGUAGACCAGGCUGGCCUUGAACUCAGAAAUCUGCCUGCCUUUGCCUCUCAGAGUGCUGGGAUUACAGGCGUGCGCCACCACCGCCUGGCCGAAAGCCUAAAUUUUUAACACCAGUAUGUUUCAUUGUGUCUAGCCAUAACACUGUAACAUACUUUCCAACCCUACAAGUUAGGAUCCAUACUGUACAGCACCCCCAUCCCACUAUCUAAACUAAGUGAUGGUGUUACUACUUGUUACAAAAGAUGCAGGACACGUGGUACAAUGUCUGCUGAGCAUCCUCUUGAGGCAUGAGCACCACUGGUUUGUUUGGUUGUUGUUAUUUUUGUUUUUGUUUUGUUUUCAAGACAAGGUUUCUCUGUGUAACCCUGGCUGUCCUGGAACUCACUCUAUAGAUCAGGCUGGCCUCCAACUUAGAGAUCUCCUCAGCUUCCGGAGUGCUGGGACUAAAGUGGUGUGCUGCCACUGACCAGGGAGCACUACCCAGGGAGCACUGCUGAUUUUCAUCUGCUCUGCAUUUACACUGUGUUUAUAGACUGCAUAUGUAUACAUUGCUUUUUCCUAUACUUUUAUUUUGUAAAUACAUAUUGUGAUCUUGUGCACAAGUAACUAAUGUGGCUUUGAAAUUUAACCAAAUGGUGGCUAUUUAGCAAGAUUCUUGGCUGGAAUGUGAAAAUAUUUUCUUCUAGGCUUGCCUAUCUUCAUGUUUGUAAUGGGUGAAGGGGAUAUCAUUCAAUUUAGAUAAAAAAAAAACACAUGACCCCUUCAAUAAAUUUAUUUUAAUUGUUUUCCUUUUAGACAUAAAACCAAAAAAUCACUCCUAAAUCAUCUUUGAAAGAAUAUUUUAACCCACUGUAUAUGGUGCUAAUAGACUUGUAUAGAUAGCUACCAGUAAAUAUGUUUAAAAUGAACUUUUAAAAGCCUGGUUAAAGUUGGUGCACUUUGCAGUACUUUAAAUAAUUCUGUAUCUACUUACUAUAAGAAUGGCUCCGAGGGGAGCCACAUUAAACUCGCAUUAAAGUUACUAAUCUCUUAUGAAUGAGUAAAAUCUGUAAGAUACAAAGCUCUUAGUUAUUGAAGGUAUUCUAGAUUGGGGGAUUUUGAAAAGCUGGCAUAAAGUAAAGUUGUAAUUUGGGGGAUAAGAUAGUAGCUCUGGGUUUCAGGUUUUGGUGUGUGUGUGUGUGUGUGUGUGUGUGUGUUCCCUACACUGCUGUUUGAUAACUCCACUUUUGGUUAGAAUGUGUUAUUGUAAUUGAUUGUUUUUAUAAGAAAAUAUAUUCUCCUUUAUUCUUAAGUAGUUUCUCUGGCUUUCCUGAGGACUUAAAAAGAAUUUCAAUCUGUACGCAGAAUGCAGAAAUUCAUUAGUGGGCCCCAGCUCUCUGUAUCUGCUAUAUGGCGAAAUGAUAGUGAAUUUUAGAGUGAUGCAAACUUUGCUGUUGUUACAAAAAUAAGUGGGAACCAGAGAGGUGGUUUGGAAGUCUGCCAUAAAAUAUUUUUUUUGUAAUGGGAUGUAUUUCAAGCAGUUUGACUUUCUAUGCAAAAUAUGUAGAAAGAUUCUGACUCAAUUUACACCCUUGUGGCCUUAAACUGGCCCAUCAACUUAGGACACUCACAUUAAUUUUCUUUGAAAUUUGCUUUUAAUGAACAUUAGCUAAGAUCACAUUUCUUCUUGAACUCUGAAUUUUCCUAAGGCCGGGGGCGUCUAUCAGAUCCCUGAUAAUUUUCCAGUUCAUUCUCUUCGCCCUCUUAAGCCCUAUUCACACAGCACAGAGGGGAUAAGCAUUUGCCGCGAUUUUUGUGUGUGACUAUUCACUUAACAUUUGUUCAAAGCCCUUUUUUAGGAUAUUAAAAAUAGUCCCCGGUAACAUUUAAGUAAAGGCAGCAGAAAACAAAAGACCUCUCCAACAGAAAUCCUGCUCCCUGCCUCCUCCUCCACCUCCAGGAAUAAUAAGCAUGUGGCACAAAUGGAUCUCUUCAGAAAAGCUGUCUGCAUAAUUUUCCUCCCAGGUAACAGACUUGACGGCAUGAAGACGCAAUGAUCUUAAUUGGUCUACUACUUAGUGGAGUCUUAGACAUGGCUUUACAUCUGAGAGACAAUGCGGUCUCCACAGUAUAUUGAAAGAGGUUUCUUGCUAGGGGCUCAUUAGCUCUGUGGCCUGUGAGAAGGCCCUGGGCCAGCCUUGUGUGCACCUCCAGCCCAGAGUUCAUUUCAUCUGCAAAUGUCUGAUUUCCAGUUGCCUUGUUAUUAUUUUUUUAAUAGUUGAGAAUUGUUUUAGGGGGUUGUGGCAGAAUUUUUAAAAUAAUUGUUAGACUUUCAAACUCUGUUGUUUGAAAAGUUCCUUUAGGCAGCCUUAUUGAAUAAGUAGUCUAUUUCCUGGUUUAAUGCUAAAUGCACCAGGAUUUGACUUUUAUGCCUGUCAGUUUUGCAUUUUUAGAAUACCUUUGUUUAAGUUGUAGAGUUCUUGAGGUCAAGUUCCUGUUUUACUGUGUAACAAAGUUUCUUACAUGGAAUUGGAAUUUUCAAUCCAUUCUGCACUUUAUCACACAUUUUUAGAAAGAAUUUUUGUAAUGAUCCCUAAUGACAAACAUUUAUUAAAAUGAAUCUACAUAAAGUAUGGGCACCCCAAUUAAGUUAGAUUCAACAUGUUAACGCCUGCCAAAGACCAUGAUAACAGGACCUCCUAUAGCUCGUCCUGGGUAGGGUGUGUGUGUGUGUGUGUGUGUGUGUGUGUUUUGGAGGCAAAGGAGGUGGCAACAGAAGUCAGGACAGGGGUAAGGCAGAGCCACAGACAAUGGAAAAAGGAAAGUAGAUGGGAUGGAGAAGCUGGGAUCUGAAUACAGGAGCGGUCUAAACAUAAAAAGUGUAUCCAUUCUGAUUUGUGACCAGGUACAGGAAAAGGCCUGCAUAAUGCCACACAUGUCGGUUCUUUGUAGAAAUGUUAAGUGGAUGAGCCGUUGGAAAAGUAAGAGUACCGCUUUGUAUUCUCAAUGAAAUUAGUACUUCUGUGAAUCAAAGACUAAUAGUGAAGAAAUAAUACUCUGUAGAGAAAAAGGUUUCAAGCUGACUUGAUUCAUGUACUGACUAAUACAGAAUAAAUGUUAAAUUAGCUCAUUUAAUUAACUGUGUCUUUAAAAUUGGUAAAUUAUGUUUAUUUCCUAAAACUGUAAAGAUCACACUGAUGAGGAUGUUUAGUUCUAUAAAAAGUUCCUCUAUGCUAGGGACUGGACAGACAAAGCAACACAGACACACAGGAAGCCACCUCCAGCAAAGAGAUACUAAUAGAACCAACCACAAGAGAAGGUCUGCUUUGGGCCCUGGAGCCUAAUGACACAGUACUUGCUACAUGUAUAAUAUAAGCAAGCUACACACCCAGAUCCCAGGACCUCAAAAACAAACCAAAUCAAACAAAAAGAAAGAAAGAACAAAAGAAAGAAAGAAAGAAAGAAAGAAAGAAAGAAAGAAAGAAAGAAAGAAAGAAUUAGUUAUUUCUUACCAGAUUCAUGAAUUGCUUUUCUAUAUUAUUAUUAUUUUGUUUGCUUUUGGUUUUAUUUUUUGAAACAGGGUUUUCUGUGUAGCCCUUGCUCUCCUGAAACUAGCUUUGUAGACCAGGCUGGCCUCAAACUCACAAAGAUCUACGCACCUCUGCCUCUCACUGCCCAACCUGUCUUUUCUAUAGUAUGUGUCUAGGGAUUGUUAAUAAUCUCUGUGGUUUCUUAGAGAAGCCAGGGCAUGGAAGGAUUUGCAUUAUUCUCAUGGUCCCAACAUUAGUUUGCUGCUCCAUAGCUGGAUUUCCUAAAGCCCUAGUUUCAUUCUGCUCCCAGUAUGAUGUAGGUUGUAGUGUAAGGCCAGGGCCUUAAACAUCUGUCUGCUCCUCUUGCCUCAGCCUCCUGAGUGCUGAAUUGCAGGAAUGUAUUACCAUGCCUGGCCUCUGGUUUGGUUUGGUUUUUCCUAACAACAACCUAAUAGUAAUAACUGGGUCCAAUGAGACUCUACUUUCCAAAUCUCAGGACCCACUAAAAAGUUGAUAGCACUCCAAGAUCCUGAAAGGCCACCUGGCUGCGGCUUCCCUCACUGCCUGACAUUGCACAAGCACUACAAGUAAAGAAUUUCACAGCUGGACAGUAGUGGCGCAGGGAGGCAGAGGCAGGCAGAUUUCUGAGUUCGAGGCCAGCCUGGUCUACAGAGUGAGUUCCAGGACAGCCAGGACCACACAGAGAAACCUUGUCUCGAAAACAAAACAAACAAAAAACAAAAACAAAAGAAUUUCACAUUCUUCAGAAUUGUGUUUUAUUUUUGUUAUUACUAUUAUUAUAAUUUUGGUUGGUUUUUGUUUGUUUGUUUUGUUUUUUGAGGCAGGGUCUUCUUUCUAUGAAACCCUGCUGUCCUGGAACUCACUACAUAGACCAGGCUAUCUUUAAAAGCACAGAGAUUUCACCUGACUCUGCUUCCCGAGUAUUGGAAUUAAAGCCAUUUGCUACCACACCGGGCUUAAUGAACUUUCAAAAAGUUAUUGUUGUUGCUUGAGACAAGGCAUGUGUAGCUCAGGCUGUUCCCAAACUCGAGAUCCUCCUAACUCUGCCUGUCCCUCAUGAGUGUUGAGAUUACAAGCAUGUCACCAAAUUCAGCAUAAAGCUUUGUGAAAUUAACUUUUCUAGAAGGGGACACUACCAUUUACAGACUGUGCCCUCAUCACCAUGUACGCAAAUUCUUCACAGACUCACCUUCAACCCUGAAGUCGGAAGUCCCGUUUCCCUCUCGCUUUGGUUUUCUGGGGACUUAAUUCAUGAGUUUAGGGGACAGAGUAAUUACACGUGAACACAGCACAGAAAAUCCUCAGCCAAGUUGGCUCAAGUCUCAUGGGCAAUGAAAAAUCAGGAAGGGGGGGACUCCCAGCCAAUCAGAAUGGCGCAAAGCGGUUACCUGGUGUUAGCAAGAUUCGUUUUUGUGGCUAAACUCAAAUUGCACUUGUAGCCCUGACUUUCUUCUGGGGUUUAAGAAAUAAGUUCAAGGAGACAGGGGGGAGCAAGGGCACCUUGUCCAGGGACUUUUGAAAGUUUGUACAUGAUAGAUGAUCAGCGUCUGGGCCAGAGACCGGAGCGGAGGGACCAGGUUAGAUUGGUAACUGCUGGGGAUCAAACCGAGGGCCCGUGCUCUCCGGAGCCACAUUUGAGCGACCUUGAUGACCCUGCAACUAGUGGGCAGGAUGAAGCUCAUGCACUGUUCACAUUUACACACCUGAUGUUCCACGUCUGCUUUCCUGGGAGCUACAGAGCACAGGAGGACACUGAAGUAGAUGCAGUCAUUUGUAACUUCGCACAUCUUGAGGGGAGGAGAUAUUGAACAUUGAGCCGUGAAUUUGCACAUUCACCAUGGACUCUACAACCCAAAGCCUGCACGCGAAUCUUCCACUCCCAAAUCCCUACACUGACAUCUGUACCUUCAUGUGACAGGAAGGUCUGGUCAGCAUGAUCAUCAGUGAGACUCUGGGCCACAUUGUGAAGAAUCGUUCCCAUGACUAAUGCAACCUGGCAAACAGACAAGACCCUAAGAUGGGCUCUGUGUGGAAUUGGUGUGCAGAACAAGGGCUUCGAUCAACAGGAAUGUCACAUCUAACAGAGGUCAUGCCAAGCCAGGGUCUCUAGCCUGUCAGAAGUGCCCUGCACACUGAAGUGCUGAAAUGGAGCCCUGCCCAGACAGAAUGCUGCAACCAAUGGCUGCUGCCGUUUUCAGGUGGAGCUGGCCAACCCAGUGUGAGCUCUCCACCAGAUGUGGCAUAGAGUUAGCAGUGAGCCCUGAUCUCAGAGAAAGCCUUCUCAGAAUCCUCUUUUAAUUUUCUGGGCUUCCCUUAAUAUUUUGGUUAUUAUUUUCACUAAAAGAUUAAAUAAUUGCAUGCAUUAAACUUUA